GUUAAGGUGAUAUACCCGUGGAUUCUCUCAUUGAGGGAGCCAGUUUUUCUGCCUGUAUUGAAAUCUUGGAGAGCUUUGGAGAACCCAGGAUGACAAGGUAGAUGUGAAGUCACUCAUGGCGAAAUUUAACACGGGUAACAGCCCCACAGAGGAUGUUUCUGGUAACAGUCGACCCUUCAAAGUCCCAGGACAAACUAUCCAUUCUGGAUUACAGACAAGGAAAGCAGCACUUGAGAAAUUUGCAAGUCAAGGAAAUGCAACUUCUCCUUCAGGACCCAGUACCUUUCACAAACCUGUUCAUCCUAAGCCUCCUGUGGGGGUCAAGCCUUCAAUUGAUGAUAAAAGAGAGAAGGAUCCAAAGCCCCCAUAUUUGAAACCAAUGGCACAAAGGUUUGGAGUUCAGCUUCAGGCGACUAACAGAGAAAAUGAUGGAAAAGCUGGAUGCACUAAACCCCCCACCAAAACCAGUGACUUGGCAAAAGAAGAGCCAAAGCCUCUGUAUCCAAAACCUGCAGGCAACAAGUUCCUUAACUCUGCUCUUCAUGAGAAGGAAAAAAAUCCUCUGGGAACAAAACCAAAUUCAAAUUUUGCACCACAGGAGAGUGAGGCAAAACCAGCAUUUUCAAAAGUAGCUGGAGUUAAGGAGAAGUUCAUGUCUGCAACACAAGAAAAUGAGCCCAAGCCUCCUUUCUCUAAACCAUCUCUUGCACAGAAACCUUCUCUAAACCAUGAGGUCUCCCACAACAAAGACCCUUCUAAUAAAAAUGUUUUUCUGCAAAAAGGACUAUCAGGCCCUAGACCAAAUAUAGGCUCAUUUAAAGCAGCAAAGGAAAUGGAUGAAAAUAGUAACUGUGCUGCAGAAUCUGCAGGCAGCCAUUUUUCUAACAUGGCUCUGAAGCCUACUGGCCACUGGUCUAGCUCAUCUCAAGGCAUCCCCAAAAACGUGGAGGAAAAGACUGAAGAAAAGGGAAUGAGUGCUGCCAAGAACAUCUUUCUCAACAAAAUCAUCCAGGAAGAAUCAGGUUCUUCUUCUAAGUUCUGUAAGACAAACACAGCACUUGCUGCAGGAAGGCCAUCAGGUGGAUCACGAGAGAAAGAAGAUGAGGACAGGAGCUCAGGAACCCCCAAGCGGAAAGCCUUGCCCCCACUGUUCAAGCUAGGCCAGCCCCCACAGAAGCCCAGCAGACCCCCCAGUGUGGACCUGGAAAGGUUUGGGAAGAGCAGCCCAAAAGGCAGCCCUAAAAAUGAAGGUUUGAAACAGAUAGCACCUUUCUCAGCAGCACUCUCCCCACCUGUACCUCCACCACACUCUGCUAUGCAGUUGCCACCUCCUCCCCCAGCCUCUCACCCAUCCCUGCAGUCCCCAGCAGCUCCCAGCCUGCCUCCCAGAAACACCAAGCCCAGCUCUGAAACAAUAAGUCCAGACAAUGAAGAAAAUUAUGAUGACGUUGAAUUUGUUUCACAGGGUAAGAUGGGUCAUGGAAAUACAGAGGGGGGCCAAGAAAGUGAUGGAGAGAUGUAUGAAGACAUAAGUGACAUCAGAUCAUCAAGGGGAAAAGAGAAAAAGCGGGACAAGGAAGAAAAGAGAAGAAUGGACCAAGAGAAGAAAGAACAAAAGGAAAAAGAGAAGAAAGAGCAGGAAAUAAGGAAGAAGUUCAAAUUAACGGGACCCAUCCAAGUCCUUCAUCAGGCACGAGCUUGUGUUGACCACAAGGGAGGGAAGAAUGAGCUGACUGUCAAACAGGGGGAUGAGAUUGAAAUCAUUCGCCUCACAGACAACCCAGAAGGAAAGUGGCUGGGCAGGAUAAAAGGAUGUUAUGGCUACAUUAAAACAACCAUGGUGGAGAUUGAUUAUGAUUCUUUAAGAAGAAAGCAACAACCAUCUACCAGAGUUGCUGUGAAACAUCCAGAGAGUGACCAAGAAGUGUAUGAUGAUGUUGGAGAGCAGGACAGUAUUAGCAGUCAGAGCGGUGGUCAAAGUGGAGCUGGAAAUAUGUUCCCACCUCCUCCUUCUGAUCAAGAGAUUUAUGAUGGGAUUGAUGAUGAAGAUGCUGUAACUAGGUCUGUAUCGCAGGAUGAAGAUAAGAAUGGUAUCUGGUCCUGGGGAAUCUUGAAGAGGCUAAAGGUCAAAGAUGACAAAAAGAAAAGUAUACGAGAAAAAACAACCAAAGUCAAUGGGGCAGAAGAUAAUGGAGACUUGUUCAUAUCUCCUUCAACAAAGCAGUUUGGAAAAGAUUGUGGAGACAAUGAUGUUUAUGAUGACGUAGAUUCUUCAGACUUCCCUCAUCCACCGCCUGAAUUCAAUUCAUCAAAAUCAGCAAGCCUUGGAAAACGUAAAUCAGAUGAAAAAGAUGCACAAAAGCUUAAAAAGAUGGAAAAAGAAGAGAAAGAGUUCAGAAAAAAAUUCAAAUUUGAAGGUGAAAUUAAAGUUCUUUACUCUACCACCACAAUCCAGGAUUUGCCCCAGAGUGGAUGGGGACCUAAAGACUUACAAGUUAAACCAGGGGAGUCUCUUGAAAUUAUAGAAAGUACAGAUGAUACCAAGGUCCUGUGCAGGAAUGAAGAAGGAAAAUAUGGCUAUGUUCUGAGAAGCAAUUUAGUUGAGAAUGAUGGAGAGAUUUACGAUGAUAUUGGCGAUGAUUGCAUCUAUGAUAAUGACUGA